AUUUUUCUUCCAAGGUGCUGAGGGAAACUAAUUUGAGCUUCUUAUUAUUUUAAUUCUUGCAAAAUACUGAGUAAUAUUCGCUAAUGGUGCAUAGUGUUAAAUUAAAACAAAUCAAACAUGCUGAUAUAAACGUGACAAUGGUGUUUUUAUGUCUACUAAAUCAAAUAUAGUAUCGCGGUGGCGGGUUGCGAGCACGGCGCGGGCGGGGGCGGAGGCGCGGCGGGGCGCGGCGCGGACACGAUCCGACGCGUGAAGGUGAAGAUGUCGUCCGUGUCCGCGCAGGGCGUGGUGGAGCGCGCGUCGGCCGAGCUGUCGCGCCGCAUCACAGGGCUGGGGCUGCGCGGGCGGCGGCGCUCGCCCGGAGUGGUGGAGCGCGUCGCCAACGCGCUCUGCGGGCCCGCCGCCGCCGCGCCCCGCGUGCCCCGCCGCCGGCGCCCUUCCCCUCGCCCCCUCGUCUGGACCCAGUACGUCCAGGAGGAACGCUUCCUCGAAAAGUUCUUCCUGUAUUUCAACUCCAACGAGCGACGGACGUUGGCUCAAGUCUGUACCAAGUGGCGCGACGUGCUAUACUCGUCGCCGCGAUGGUGGACUGGCCUAGUGGCGGUCCUCGAUUGCCGCGAACUUCGCUCGGCCACUGGCUUCUGCAUGCAGAGGUUCUAUAACUCCGUAGUUAGAAGAGGAAUCCGCGGAGUUGUGUUAGUUUCGGCUAGUGAUGAUGAUAUUAAUGAAUUUAUAAGGCAAUUUCCCUUGUCGGCUCACCACGUCCACGCUAUUAGCCUAAAAGGAUGCACAAUAACAGAUAGAGGGCUUGAAGCGAUCUUGGAUCACCUACAGGUUCUGUUUGAACUAGAACUAACUGGUUGCAAUGAAAUAACAGAAGCUGGUUUAUGGGCAUGUCUAACUCCACGAAUUGUCUCACUCACGCUUACUGACUGCAUUAACAUUGCUGACGAAGCCGUAGGAGCAGUAGCGCAACUCCUGCCGUCCCUAUACGAAUUCUCCCUACAAGCGUACCAUGUAACGGAUGCGGCGCUCGGCUACUUCUCGCCCAAACAGAGCGCCUCGCUCAGCGUGCUGAGGCUGCACAGUUGCUGGGAGCUCACCAAUCACGGCGUCGUCAAUAUUGUGCAUUCUCUUCCAAACCUGACCGUACUGUCACUAAGCGGGUGCAGCAAAGUGACUGACGAAGGUGUAGAACUCCUGGCUGAAAACUUGCCGCGACUCCGUUGCCUCGACCUGAGCUGGUGUCCGCGCGUCACCGACAAUGCGUUGGAGUACAUCGCUUGCGACCUCAACCACCUGGAGGAACUGACUCUAGAUCGUUGCGUGCACAUAACGGAUAUAGGCGUGGGUUACAUCAGUACGAUGCAAUCGUUGGUGGCACUGUUCUUGCGCUGGUGCUCGCAGCUCCGUGACUUUGGCGUACAACAUCUCUGCGGCAUGCGGUCACUACAGCUGUUGUCACUGGCCGGUUGCCCGCUGCUGACAUCGGGCGGCCUCUCGAGCCUGAUCCAGCUGCGGCAGCUGCGCGAGCUGGAGCUGACCAACUGCCCCGGCGCCUCGCCCGAGCUCUUCGACUACCUGCACGAGCAUCUGCCGCGGUGCACCAUCAUAGAGUAAUCACAUCAAUUCACCAGGUACGAGGGAAAUUAUUUUCGGUGCAUUCGAUAAUACUACUGAACUCAUUAUAAUUCAUUAUAAUUACAACGAAAAUAAUUUUGACUCAUUUGAUCAUCAGUAGAGGCCAGAUGGCGGCAUCUAACUGUGGAUUUUGGCCAAGCAAACUAAAAAAGGCUCCAGCACUAUAUGUACAUUUUUCUUAGCAAUCUAUUGCAGAUGUGCUUAUUUGUUUGGUCUAAAUCCACCAAUAACAAACAAACAAUACAAUACAAUAGAAAAAGAAUGUAUUUGUAAUUUUGCGACGCACGUACUAUUUUUAUGAUAUAGUAUUUCUGGUCCUUUUUUUAUUGAGUUAGUUUAUUGCUCAUCUUUGGAUUGGAUGGCAUUAUAAUUAUACAUAUUAUUUUAUUUUAUAUUUAUUUAGGUAUAUAGAAAAUAAGGAUAAGUCAAUUGUUUAGUUUGUGUAAUUAUUUAGAUAUUAUAUUUACAUAAAUGGUUAAAUAUUUCUUCUAGAACUGUUUGUAUUGAUGGGUUUGCACAAGCAUCGCAGAACAAUUCAGAACACCUACCUGUGGAAAACACUCAAUAUGAACAAGUUCUAACUAUUUGCUCAAAUUGUUUUAAAUGUUAUGUCGGAAACUGCGUCUGAAAAGGAUAUUAUAAAAGUAUUUACCUAUGUAAUGAUCUAUUCAGCUUGUACAUAUUUAAAUCAAAAUCGGAUAAUUAAAAAAAUAUAUGAGUAUAAUAAUAUAUUAUUUGCGUGAUUUUUCGCAGAUAUAAGCAGAUUAUAUAAUGAAAAUACUGAAAAGCAUCUACUUUAAUGAAAUCUUUUAAAAGAGCCUAAAUUUAAUCAUGUAAUUUAACCGUUUUGACCCGUGUAUUUUCUUCUAUACCAAUACAUAAAUAUUAAGUAUCAUGAUAUAUCUGUAUUUCCUUUGUAUUAAAUUCUAAAUAACCUCCAUUAGAAUUUUGUCUUAUAAAUUGUAAUUGUAACAGUUGACGUAAUAUUUAUUACCUGUUUGUAAAUAAGAUCAGCAUUAUCGGUGGACGUAGACCUACCCAUAGAGCCAUGAGACUUCAGAAAAAGGCCUCUGUAGUAUAUCAUACUGAAUAAUAAUACCUAUUUAAGUUUUUUUUUUUCGAUUUAUGAUUUUGGUGUGUAACUGUAUAGCACUGUUUUCUCAGUCCAGAAAAUAUAAUUAUGUGUGCCGUUCUCUGAUAUAACUUAAUUUUUGUAACAUAAUCUACUUUCUUAGAGAAAGUUUCCGUUUGUCAUUUAAAACUUCAGCCUCUACUUUUACAUAAAAUUAUUUUAUCUACACACAUCAUAAAACCUCUAUGAUGCCUCCAAAAUCCGUAAAUAAUGGCCAACAUUACGAUAAACUGUUUUGUUACAACACUUAUCUGUGAUGAUGUUGUAAUUACUUCAUAACUACAUCAAACUCGAUGUGGUUAUACAUUCAAAUUUGGAACAUCUUGGAAAAAAAAGCAAUUCGAUUUGAUCUCUAUUCUAAUAUCAGUCGAGAUGCCUUUUUGUUCGAAAUGAAAUGUCAAUUGCUACAAUUUUGACAUAUCUCGCAUGUAAGUUUGUAUCGAAUGAUACGGAAAUAGGCCCCCGACUCUAGUUUGUCUGUAAAUUAAGAAAAAAACUACGAAUGUGACAUGCGUGAAAAAAGUUUUCAUUUACCGCCAUUUGACGUACAGUUAUCUUUUAAUUAGUUUUAAGUAUAAAAUGAAUAUGUUUUGUUGUUUUUAAAGUAACAAUUGCAAAAGGUGCGUGUAAAAUGAGCGAUAAUAGUACAUUGUGCAACGAGGGGGGUAAGUGAAAUUUUGGAUACGAGGGUGGUAAUUCCUGACAGCCGCAGGCUGGAGAGAAUUAAACACCCGAGUUUGCAAUAUUCUUACCCCCGGAGUUACACACAAUGUUUUUCAUCACACUUGCGAAGAAAAAACUAAAUUUUAAGCGAAAUUAUUCGUAAAUACGGUGACAUAUCAAACAAUCGUCCGCCAUUUUGUAAUUUCUUGGCAGGUAAGGCAUCGAAAUUUUUUAAACGGCUGUUAAAUUAAUCAAAUUAAAUAACUUUAAACAUAAACAAAAAUAUUAAAUUAUAAACGUCAGUAUUUUAAAAGUAAAACUCAUUUAUGCUACUUGGUUUGUAUGAAUAAGUGAUAUACUUAAUAAAAAAAGAAAAAGCUGUAACUUCCUAGGAAGUUAUAGCUUUUUUUUCACAAUCCAUAACUCCCGCGGGAACAAAAGAGGCCUUUGUCCUUCAGCACAUCUGCAUGAAAUAAGAUCUUUUUCGAGCAAGUGUGAUGAAAAAAUAUUUCGGUGACGCCACCACAUAUCCGCGAGUUCCGCCAAGAGAGCAAAGAUGCUCAACGUUAGCUGUAAUUUGGGUUAGUGAAUAUAUCAUAGAAAGUUUAUAAUAUGUGUGUAGAUAAAAUAGUGUAUGUAACUGUACAUAAUUAGGCAUUAAAACACUCGUGUGAUCUUUUUAGGAAACUCACUUCGUACGUUUCUUAAACCCAAACUCGUGUAUUUUAAUGCCUUUUAUUAUGUAGCAGUCACAUAAACUACUAUUAUCCACUCAACUCAACGGAACCAGAUCAUUACGUUGAAAAAAAAAAGUUUGUGCAGAUAUUACAUACAAUGAAAUCUAUAGUUAUUUUCGUAUUGAAAAUCUAGUCAACAUUUUGGAAAGUUCAAUACAUUUAAAGUAAAGUUAUCGAGGCAAAAGUCGUUGGUUCUUCUUUAUACCUAGAUUUAAUUUAAGGUAGAAUUGACGGAAAUUAUUGGUUUCUAAAGCAGCAGAAACAUACAUUGACAAGAUUGCUUUACUUUGUAAAAAAAGUAUUUUCAUAAUUUACACCAUGUUGUAAAUAGUUACGUUACCUAUUAUGCUUCUUGCAUUUAUUUAUUUGACAGUAUUACGGCAGCGUAUAUAUAAAUUGCACAUUGUUUUUUCUGUAAGUUACAUGAUUUGUAACGUACAUUUCAGUAUUUACAUGUUUUGGCUAUUUUAUUUAUAAAAAAAUGAGCGUACAAUAUUUUUAAUUUGUCGCUAUACCGUCCGAAGUUGUGAGUUUGAGUGUGCGUGUGCCUGUGUGAACACCUAAGUUCGUAUCCAUACGACAGAAACGCUUCAUACCUUGUAUGUGUUAGAGACCCUACUUUCCAAGGUAACGUUUCUAAAUGUUCGUGUGUAUUCGGCCUUAGAUUAUUAGUUAAGUCGCGAUACUCUGCACAGACCAGUCGUAUCCUAUCCUAGACUAAAACAACAAGCAUAAUAUUUAUGAAUGGCCCGUUUCUCUAAAACAAACGAUGCAUUUAAUCUUAAGCGUAAUUUUUCGACGGCAACUAGCACUAUAUUGUAACGAUGCACGUAUAGAACACAUCAGCCUUCUGAUUAGUUUGGUUAGACAAGCCACAAGGUUGAUGUGUAUCGUAUAUAAAUAUAUGCCUUGCAAAUAGAAUGGUAAAGAAGUUCUCUCGAAGUUUAACCUGGCGUUAUUUCAGGCUAUUAUCGUAUUAUAUGUUAGUAACGUACAAUAGCAAGGUAUUUCACCAAUCGCGGCCGACUUAAAAAUUUGAGAUAUUUUAUAGACGAACAAUUAUGAAACUUAAUGUAAUAAAGUUGAAGUUGCAAUUUCAAUGACAAUAAAAAUGCUCAAGCUGGAGAUUGAAGUUACACUGUAACGUCAUUACUUAAGUUGUAUUAUUGUUCGUAUUUAAAAAUUCGUUACCGCUAGUGGGCCCCAGCCAUAACCGUUGCCUUGUGGUAAGAUUAUCGGUUCCCAUAGUAAUAUUAGCAGUAGCUCAUGUUCGUUAUGCCUGACGUAUCGCCUACCUACAUAACUUUAGACCAUAUUGCUGUAUUGGUUUGGAUUUUUCUUUUUUGACAACUGGUCUGGCCUAGUAGGUAGUGACCCUGCCUAUGAAGCCGAUGGUCCCGGGUUCAAAUCCUGGUAAGGGCAUUUAUUCGUGUGAUGAGCAUGGCUAUUUGUUCCUGAGUCAUGGGUGUUUUCUAUGUAUUUAAGUAUUUAUAAAUAUUCAUAUAUUAUAUAUAUGGUUGUCUAAGUACCCUCAACACAAGCCUCAUUGAGCUUACUGUGGGACUUAGUCAAUCUGUGUAAUAAUGUCCUAUUAUAUUUAUAUUUUGUAUCUCCUUGGAUUUCACGGGCCUAUAAAUCCUGGUCGUUUGAUGGGCUUGCGUGGGGAUAUAGAUCCAACACGUAGAGGCCCCUUGGAGAGCUUUAAUGUAAUGUAGGACGCCUGAUGGAACCAUUCACAGGCGCAACAAUAGAUACCCAUGAACCGGUCGCAGCAGGCAUUGGGACUAUUGUAGAAAAAGUGAACAGUAAAACGGUCUAUGGAUUGAAGUUUGGGUGGACAAUGAGGUCAAUGAGACUGGGUUAUUGCAAUGACGUCCGAGCACCUGCCUUAACAAUGUUGUCACUAGUUAUCGAGACAGGCGGUGACUCGCCGCCCACUAGAUGGGCCCCUGAAACUGCCGUGUCGACGACGACCAGGAGCAACACCGGUUCAGGGGUUCAGGGGUGUCGAGAGGUGUACGCCGCUUUCUACCCAGAGGCUAAUAACAACCACUGUGCCAACUCGCGUCUUAUGCAAAUUUUCACUUCCACCCCUGGAGCAUUUAGCUCUAAAGACUCCUCUCUGGACGGCCAAUGAAUGCAAGCCAAAGCUGAGAGUCCUGCGGGUCCCCUUGGGGUCCACUCCGACCGACGAAGACACGCCGGAGACGGAGACCCUGACCGACUCUCGGGAGUACUCGGGUCCUUGGGGUCGUUACUCCCCAACAGCUCGCCAGAAGCUGCCCUGCGGAUAUAUAUAUUUAUAUGUAUUAUUAUUAUUAUUUUUCUAGUCAUGGAAUUAAUUAUACCUAAACACAAUGUAGUUCUUAGCAUUUCCUAUUCGGUAAUCCUCUGACAGUUUUAAAGUAGUGUGUAAUGAGAACAUGCAAAGUAUCCUUAACGCGUGUAGUGUGUUCAAAAGAUUUGCAAUAACAAUAUAGACUGGGGAUUCACGUAGACAGACUGUUAAUAGAUUUAUAUACUUACUACUGUACUGUAUCAUCACGUCAAUGCAAACUGUGAAAGUAAAAGUUUACCUAGUAAGUGAAACCAGGAGACAUCUAACAGCGGACUUGUUCUUUGAUCCUUUGAACGCCAAGAACAUCUUAAGAUAUCGUUGGAUGCUGUAACCACAACGCCAAAAUGAAUAUAAUAUAUAUUACGGCGUAUGAUUUCAAAAUAACUCUUAAUGCUUACAAUCUCUUUGCUAUCUUCUAUUGUUUCUAUUUGCUAUCUUUCAAGAACAGCGAAAGUUAUGCCUGACAUUUUUGCGUUUGGUUGUUUUUUAGGGCAAGAGGUUUUAGUCACAAUAAUGUCAUACAGUUUGCAUUGACUUGCGGCGAGUGCCGCGCGUGAAUAAAAUUAAAAUAGAUACCUUAAAUAAUUCAUAGUAACAAACAAAAUUUAUAGUAGAUACGUAAUUGAAAGGAAAUAUUGGUUUGAAGUUGCCUUUUAGAGUGUCGUAUCAUCUGUGGUAGAAUAACAAUAUGUCAAUUGUACUUUGACUCUUUACACUAUAAACGUGCCAGAACGCCUUCGAUAUAGGUACAGUCUUAAAUGUACUAUCUCCUAGUUCAAAUUUCAUUUGAGCAACUCCUAUUGUCGAUUGAAACUACCAUUUAAUCUAAACCGGAAUAUUAUAAAAAACACUAAUGGGUUUAAAUGUUUGUUAAGAAAAAUGGUACACGAGGAGUUAGUUUUAUUGUAAUCAGUACUUGGAUAACUGGACCAUGGAUGAUAUAGGUAAAUACGGCGUGUUUUGUAUAUAAACAAUUAAAUUAGUAAAAUAAUAUAGUGUGUUACGUAUAUAAAUCUCAUAUUGUUGACGAGACGAGAUUCCUUCUCCAUUGCUUUAUAACGGUUGUAAUGAAAUCUUAAAAAGCAAUACUUACAAUGUUAAAAGUUGUCUACCUAAUAAUUCUUGGUUUAAAUUAAAAGUUCCGUGCCUGUAACAUUUCUUGUCUGUAAGCAUCGCUAAGCUGUAAGUAUUGUAUAUUAUAAAUGCCGGAGAUAUUUUUGUACAGCUUCAAAUCUUCAAUUAGUCAUAAGAAGAUGUGUUUUGCUCGAAUACAUAAUGUCCCCUCACUGUAGACAAAAUUGGUGUCUACUUUAACCCUGAGUUGUGAAUGGGAAAGUAUUUUCCGUAUGUUUAAUGCACCUGCUAGAAUUUUAUUGGCGUAUCUUCUCCCUUUAAUAUAUUGUAUUUAGUGAAUUCGAAAUUACACCCGAUUUGUACAAUACCCAAGUGAGAUGUUAUAGUGCAAUAUAGAUGUAUUGUUUUACCAAA